AUGACUACGGGCAGUUUUCCAAACCCACCCGGGAUAAUACAGAUUACCGACUUCGGUUCAUCGGUGUCGGGCAAGAUACCACAUUCUGGAUGUAUUCAAGCAGAUUCCUACCACGCCCCAGAAGUGAUUCUUGACGCUGGGUACUCUUAUAGCGCGGAUAUAUGGAGUCUGGGAGUCAUGAUUUGGGAUCUCCUUGAGGGGAGACGGUUACUCGAUCCGAUUGAUAAGCGGAUUGGCGAGGAAUAUGAUGAGCGCGUGCGCAUUGCUCAGCUCACCGGUCUGCUGGGUCCACCACCUGAUGAUAUGCUUUCUUGCGGUCAGAGAACAUCAAUAUUUUAUACGCCUGAUGGUAGAUUCAAGCACUCGGACCUAGUUCCUCAGGACAUCGAAUUUGAGAAGACCGUGGCUAGAAUCAGUGGCCUGGAGAAGGCCAAAUUCCUGGAAUUCGCGAAGAGAAUGAUCAGGUGGAAUCCAAGUGAACGAAGCACGGCUAGAGACUUGCUCAAAGACCCGUGGCUCUACGAAGAUUAUCCAUCCGAGAUGUAA